AUGGAUAGAUACCCUACACUUGUAGUGACUCUCUUGAUUUUGUUGGUGUCCUUGGCACCCACCAACUUCAAUUUCUGUAUUGCAAGCCCGAACGGAACAUGCAGAGGAAGAGAAAGAAGAGCCCUUCUUACCUUUAAACAAGGUCUUGUGGAUCCUUCAAAUCGGCUUCAGUCUUGGACGGGGGAAAAUUGUUGCUUCUGGGAAGGAGUUGGGUGUGACAGCAUGAACGGGCAUGUUUUCAUGCUUAACCUCAGCAAUCCACACAAUCCUUACGCUGAUUAUGGAGCAUACGAGAUGUCACGGUUGGGUGGCAACAUAAGUGCUUCUCUUUUGGAGUUGAAGCACCUUUCUAUUUUGAGCCUAUAUGGGAAUGAUUUUGGAGGAAUGCGAAUUCCAGAGUUCUUUGGUUCCCUCAAACAUUUAAGAUACCUUGGCCUGUGUAGUGCAGGAUUUGCUGGUGCCAUUACUCCUUUACUGGCAAAUCUUUCAAGGCUGCAGUAUCUUGACAUUGGAGGCUACGAUUAUGAACUUAAAGUAAACGAUCUUGAAUGGAUUUUUCAUCCUUCCUUCACCCUUCAAUUUCUUCGCCUGAUCAGAGUUGAUCUCAGUAAGAGUUUUAAUUGGCUGCAGGUGAUGAACAAGCUCCCUUUCCUGUCAUAUUUGAUCUUAUCUGCUUGUAGACUUGAUAGCAUUGAACCUCUUCCUUAUGUCAACUUUUCAUCUCUUAUCUAUCUUGAUCUCUCACUUAACAAUUUUACUUCUUCAACACUCACCCAGUUUCCGAGUCUCCCAUCUCUUUGUUCACUUAAUUUGCGCCACAACCUUCUUAGUGGCAUUCCCCUUGGUCUUGUGAAUUUAACUACUCUUAGAAACCUCGACCUUGCUGCCAAUGCCAUCAACUCUACAAUACCUGAGUGGUUGUAUGAUGUCACCAGCCUUGAAACCCUGGACAUUUCUUACAACAAAUUCCGUGGCACAAUUUCGAGUGCUAUUUGUAAGCUUUCAAAGAUAGAGGUAUUAGUCAUCUGGAACAAUUUUUUAGAGGGCAUCAUUUCUGAAUCGCACUUCUCAAAUCUGACAUCAUUGAGGGAAUUUGAUGCUGACUCAAACAAACUGACUCUUCAAGUGAACCAUAGUUGGAUUCCUCCCUUUCAACUAAAUUUUUUGCUGAUGGGAUGUUGGCAGCUAGGACCUCAAUUUCCUGCAUGGCUUCAAUCACAAACGAGCUUGGUAGGUCUAUAUUUAACAAAUGCUGGAAUCUCAGACGUCAUCCCAUCUUGGUUCUCGAGCUUAUCCCAAAUAUCAUAUCUGGAUCUCUCUAACAACCAAAUUCAUGGCACUAUCCCAAUUCAUUCUUUUGGAAAGCAUACUGCCGUGAUAAGAUUGGAGAGCAAUAAUCUGACAGGAAAAAUACCAAGCUCUAUAGGUUCUCUAGUCCAGCUCUGGUCACUGAACUUGCGCAAGAAUAAGCUCUCUGGAAACUUACCAUCUUCAUUGCAAAAUUGUAGGAAUCUAAAAUUUAUGGACAUUGGUGAGAAUGAACUCUCAGGGAGUAUACCACCAUGGUUAGGAAACAGUUUUCCAAGUCUUGUGGUUCUUAUCCUUCGUUCAAACAAAUGGAGUGGCAUAGUUCCUUCGCAACUUUGUCACCUCAAUUCUCUUCAGACCUUAGACCUUGCACAUAAUAAUCUCUCAGGAACCAUUCCACGAUGCUUGAGUAACUUCAGUGCCAUGCUCAAACGACCAAACUCAUUUCCGUACUUUUUCUAUAAAGGAAGGUAUUUCACAGACAACACACUGUUGGUGAUGAAAGACAUACAGUAUGAAUAUAGCAGUAUUCUCCCGCAGCUGACGACGAUUGACCUUUCGUGCAAUAGUUUGUCCGGAGAGAUUCCCAAGGAACUAAUCAGUCUCCAUGGUUUGAUAUCCUUGAACUUAUCUGAUAACCAAAUCCAAGGAAUGAUCCCGAAGGAGAUCGGCAUCAUGAGAUCAUUGGAGUCCCUCGACCUGUCAAUGAACCGGCUCUCAGGUGAAAUACCUCAAAGCAUGACAGAGCUGACAUUUUUGAGUUAUUUAAAUUUGUCAUACAACAACUUCUCGGGCAGAAUUCCACAGGGCACCCAAAUGCAAAGCUUUACUUCACUCAGUUUCAUCGGCAACUGUGAGCUUUGUGGUUCUCCUCUUAUGAACAUUUGUAGUAAAGUUGAUGCACCUCCAAUUCCAGUGCCAGAUGACAGUGAUGAAAACAAAGAGGAUGAUGGAUGGAUGGAUAUGAUGUGGUUUUAUAUGGGCGUACCAUUUGGAUUUGUCGUAGGCUUUUGGGCUGUUUGGGGUCUUCUAGCGUUCAAGAGGGCAUGGAGAUACGCUUAUUUUCAGUUCUUGCAUGAUUUGAUGUAUAAAUUGUUUCUGUAUUGUUUGUGA